AUGGGCGUGCGCCUGCUCAAUCUCGCCGCCGUUGCCUCCCUCCCUGCCGUCCUGCAUCUCGCCUGCUCAAUCUCACCGCUGCCUCUGCCCCUACCGUCCAGAUCGUUGCCGCAGUACCAGACAACCGCCCCUGCCGUCCAGAUCGUUGCCGCAGUACCAGACGAGCAGCGACUUGACGUGGUUGAGCGUGCGGCGGCGGCACGACGACGGCGACGCGCGCUGGCGCACCUGCACGACGGCAGGCCACUGGUCCGGGUCGGCCUGGGCUCGGCCGUAGCCGUCACAGAGGCGGUCGUGGGCGAUGAGCUCGACGACGUGCGCCUGCUGCGGCUCCGUCUCGAGCGCCUGGCAGCGACGAGCGUGGCAGGCCGGCGGGAUUCGCCGGGCCUACACGGCCCCAGGACCUGUCGCAGCUCGGCCAGCGGUGGCCCGAGCGGCGGGAGCGGGACCCGUGCACGCGUGGCGUAUGGCGCAGCGGAACAGAGGCGGCGGGCGACGGCGAGGGCGUCGCGAAGACGGCGAUGGCCGGUGGUCUCCAGCGGCAAAAGCUCAUGCGAGCACGCGUCCGGAAGAGAGGAAGAUGGGGCGGGCCUAGGGGCGUUGGUGGUGCUGGUAGCGGUGGUAGGGGCAGCCGAGAACAAUGGUGACAAGCUCGGCUUGGAGCUCGCGACCAUGGCGCCCACGCGCAGCAGCAGAGAGGGUGAGGGAGCAAAAGUGGCAGGGGGAAAGCGAGCGCCGGAGGGAGAGGAGUAG